ACAAAGGCACAGUCCCCGCAAUGUUUACAGAGCGAGCGAUUAAGAGAAAAAGUUAGAUCCGGACUCUAAACGAUUCAGUCCCGAAGAUGGAAAUCACACCACACGACCCGACUUCUAAACCGCUCCGACCCGACGAACCAGAGCUCGACCUCUACACCAUCCCAAUCCACUCUAGUUGGUUUUUGUGGGACGAAAUCCACGAAACUGAGAAGACCGAAUUGAGAGAAUUCUUCGAUGGAAGCUCUUUCUCAAGGACGCCUAAAACUUACAAGGAAUACAGGGACUUUAUCAUCAAUAAGUACAGAGAAGAGCCUUCGAGGCGGCUUACCUUCACCGACGUCCGAAAAUCACUGGUGGGUGAUGUUAGUUUGCUCCAAAAGGUCUUUAGGUUCUUGGAGAAGUGGGGGUUGAUCAAUUUCGGUGCGCCUUUGGGUAUCGAUAGUAGUAGUUUCGUUGUGGUGGAGGAUGAGGAGGACAUGUCUAGGGUUAAGAUUGAGGGAGUUGUCCCCAAUGCAGUUCGGGUAGGGGGGUCGCCGAAUUCACCAAAGCCUAUUUUGGUGCCCCCAAGUGUGAGGCAUAAUGCAGUUGGGAAUGGAUUCAAUUUGCCACCCUUGGCGUCGUAUUCGGAUGUUUUUGGUGAUUUGGUGAAGCCGAAGGGGUUGGUUUGUGGGAAUUGUGGCGGAAAUUGUGACUCUGAUCACUAUAAAUAUACCAAGGGCGAAUUCAUUAUUUGCAUAAACUGUUUCAAAAAUCAAAAUUAUGGCGAGAACAGGUCAAUGGAUGAAUUCAAACACAAUGAGUGUGAUGAAGGCAGUGGUAAACGUGGAGCUAUCUGGACUGAGGCAGAAACCCUACUUCUUUUAGAAUCUGUAUUGAAGCAUGGGGAUGACUGGGAGCUUGUUGCUCAAAAUGUCCAAACCAAAAAUAAACGUGAUUGUGUAUUGAAACUCAUUGAACUGCCAUUUGGAGAGCUUAUGCUUGGUUCUGCCCACAAGUAUGGUAAUUUUGGUGGCCCCAAUGGCAACAUGAACAGUGCAAAACAAGUUCAGUUAUCUUCAUCUGAGUAUCACGAGACUAUCAAAACAGAUGGUCAAUGUCAUGAACAGAAUGAUGAAAGAGAGCAGAACGGAGAUGCUGUGGAGCAAGGUCCUCCUUCAAAAAGACAGCGCAUUACUUCCCUUUCAGAUGCUGGUAGUUCAUUAAUGAAACAGGUAGCUCUCAUAUCAACCAUGGUUGGUCCUCGUAUUACGGCUGCUGCAGCUGAGGCUGCUGUCACAGCAAUUUGUGACGAGAACUCAUUUCCAAGAGAGAUCUUUGAUGUUGAAGAGGAUUAUGUUUCUAAUGGAUUAUGUUCUCCCACUACAAGUUACAAGUCAGAGAGAGUCCCUCAGGAAGAAGAUUCUGAGAUGAAGGAAAGGUCCACUAAAGCAGAAACUCAGGAUACAUCCCUAAAGAAAGAUGAUAUACCUCUAACUCUGCGAAUUAGAGCUUCCAUCGCAACAGCUCUUGGGGCAGCUGCUUCUCGUGCUAAAUUAUUAGCUGAUCAAGAAGACAGAGAGAUUGAAAAUUUAGUGGCGAUCAUAAUUGAGACACAGAUGAAAAAAUUGCACCACAAAGCCAAGCAUUUUGAAGAUCUGGGGAUGAUCAUGGAGAAGGAAUUUGAUGAAAUGGAAGAACUAAAAAGUUCUCUUUUAGCAGAGCGAAUUGAAGUCAUACAAGGGGCAGUUAAUGCUGGUAUCUCAAGAUGGAGGGAUCAUUCUGCUGUAAAAUCUUGAGGCUGGUUGUGUGUUUAGAUGGCGUUUUUUAGUUCAUAUCAUCCACAGAAGGAGAAGAAGAAGAAAAAGAAAAGAUGAGAUUCAAGAUGCAUCUCAAGGAUUCUAAAUCAUGCUUUUGUGUUUAGUUCUAAGCAGAAAUCACUUGUACUGCCAUUAGUUUUCUAUGAACACAUUUAGAAAUGCUCAUGGCCCAAAGUUCAAUACUA